AUGGGUGAGACAGGUCCAACCCUCAGAUAUGUGGAUAGGCUUGAAACUCAGAUCGGAAUCAACCUGAGCGAUCCGGUUUUCCAGGGCAAUUAUCAUGGAAAAGAAGUCCAUGAGAGUGACUUGGACGACAUCGUUCAGCGCGCACGCGAUGUGGGCUGUCAGAAGUUCAUGGUAACUGGCUCUGAUCUAGAGGAAUCCAAGCGUGCCAUUGAAAUCGCUCAGAAAUACCUUCAUCCUUGUCAAGCCAAGCUUUUCGACAGCUUCCCCGGUGGCCCGGAAAAACUGUUAGAGGAGCUUCGGUCGUUAGCGCUGGAGGCGAAGCAAGCAGGUCACGCCGUUGCCUUUGGAGAAUUUGGGUUGGAUUAUGACAGGCUUUUCUUGAGCCCCAAGGAACCGCAGCUAAAGUACUUUGAGGCUCAGCUUGAUCUUGCUGUUGAGAUUCAACUUCCACUCUUCCUGCAUUCGCGGGCCGCCAGCGAAGACUUUGAGAGGCUUUUGACACAGAGGCUGGAGAAGCUUCCGAAGCGAGGACUCGUUCAUAGCUUUACAGGGACAAUGGAGGAGAUGCAAAGACUGGUCGCACUUGGUCUGGACAUCGGGGUCAACGGGUGCAGUCUGAAGACAGAAGAAAACUUGGAAGUGGUAAAGGCCAUUCCAUUGGAGCGUAUUCAGAUUGAGACGGAUGGUCCUUGGUGUGAGAUCCGUCCCUCGCACGCCUCGUCGAAAUUCUUAGAUGGGGCACCCCCCUUACCGAAGGCAGUCAAGAAAGAAAAAUGGCAAAAGGGAUGCAUGGUCAAAGGCCGAAAUGAGCCUGUUGCCAUAGCUCAGGUUGCGCAUGUCAUUGCUGGCGUCAAGGGAAUCACUGUGGAAGAGGUUUGCGAAGCUGCGUGGGCCAAUUCGAUCAAGAUGUUCGGGCUGGGAGAAGAUGCUCCUUAG